AUUAAAUCAUUUACCAAGAUGUCUGAGCGUACAUGAAAUGUUAAGAUGCCGAGCAUCGACUCAGCAUUGUUUAAUCUCUUGGGAUCUUCUUCUACCCUCGAUAACCACACUCCUUCACGCCUCCUAACUGAACGUAUCGAGUUUGUUGCCCCAACGAAGAAGGACAGUUACAUGGAACAACUCCGACUCAAAUACAAACCAAUCAACGGAAUAGAUAAAUCCUCCGUUAUCCCUCAGACUAAGAGUCUACAGAAUGAGCUCUAUAACAAAGACAGAGUAGAGUUGAGGUGGAGACAGAAGCGGAGUGUGGGUUGCGGGCUGGUUAAUCCUGCUAACACUUGUUAUCUCAACUCAACAUUACAGUGUCUUCUCUACACUCCUCCUCUUAUUAACUAUCUACUUACUGAUCACAAGAAACAUUGUCGCUCGGGGGGAUUCUGCGUUAGCUGCAGUUUACUACAACUCUACAACACAGUGAAUAAUUCUAGUGGAGGAGCUUGUCGUCCUUCCUCCUUUAUACACCACCUUAAAAUGAUAGCAAAACACUUCUGUUUUGGUCGACAAGAAGACGCGCACGAGUUUUUAAUACACCUCCGAGAUAAAAUGAUACAACAUUUCCUAAAUUCCCAUCCCAAGGUAGAUAACACCAGAAAAGACACCACACCAACACACGCGGUGUUUGGUGGUAAGCUCGUCUCCACAGUAACCUGCACCCAGUGUAACCAUCAGAGCAACACUAACGAGUGUUUUCUCGAGCUGGGACUUGAUGUUCGGCACAGUGAAUCGAUUCAGCAGUCCUUCAACAAGCUUUGCAAAAGAGAGACCUUAAGUGGAGCUAACUCUUACAAAUGUGAAAAAUGUAAAAGAACGGUUAUAGCCACCAAGCAGUUUAAAAUAGCCGAAACGCCCAAUGUCUUGGUUCUGCACUUGAAGAGAUUUCAAUUUGGAGGAUUCACGGGGAAACUUAAAAAUCAGAUAACUUUUCCAGAACAUCUAGACUUGGCAAACUGGACCAAACAAAAGGGUGCAACUACAAAGUAUAAUUUGUAUGCAGUUCUUGUGCAUGCUGGUUCCUCGGCGCAAUGUGGGCACUACUACUGUUUUGUCAAGUCUGCUUCAGGGUCGUGGCACUGUAUGAACGAUACAAGUGUGAAUACUGUCAGUCUACAGAGAGUCCUUAACUCGGAAGCUUAUCUUCUUUUUUAUAUCAGACACGAGGGCUCGAUUAGCAAUGGUGUAACAGCCGCAACGAACGGCCAUUCUGUCUCUUCUCAUUCAAACGGACAAACCUCUGUUGGACCUUCUAAAACAAAUGGCAAUCACAACUCGUUGAAGGUGAGACUGAUGGAGUCAAACCCAUUCUUUUCGGAAUCUCCAAAGCAAACGAAAUCCGGACUAAAUUCGGGUCGACCGGUCAAGUUCAACUUGUCAGUCAACUCAAACAAAGUAAAAAACCCCUAUCUCAACAAAACUGAGAAAUCCAAUGGAGCUGGAUUUAUUGGUCCCCUUCUCCCGAAUGGAUCAAUGCGGUCAAACGGCACAGCCAGCAAGCACAUUCCAACAAAUGAAACUGGUCCUGUUCAACCUAAUGCCGAAAAACAAUCCCCAGCUUCAAACAAGACUGGCCAAUCUGUGAACUCAAAUGCGACAGAGAAACCGAAUGAGAACUCCGACAAAACUGCCACCCCUAAAAAGCCUUCUUCAGUUAUCAGUUGUGCAGCUUCUCUCUCCUCUCUUGAUAUUCUGAAAAACACGUACAAAGACGAGUCAGAGGAAGAAGCGCAGCUUCACAAACCUAACGCUCAACCUGCUCUCAUCCUUAAGAAGAAGAAGUCAGGGGAGAAGAACAGUGUAUUCGACAGACUGAAAGAUGCUGCCGAGAAGAAAACACCCUCCUCUGGAAACGUGUUCGAGAGACUUGGCAUGAAGUCGGGGAUCAAAAGUUGGUCCGGGGAGGAGUCUAAGAACUUCAAAAAAGGUACUGAGAAUUGGAAGUCAAUCGAAAAUCCUCACAAGAGGGUUAGAGAUGAUUACGAAGAAGAAUUAGAUGAAGGCCGUGUUAAGAAAGUUAAACAACAGAAAAAUAAUAAUUUUAGAGAGAAACACGAUUUUCAGAAAGCUCACGAUUUUAACAAGAAUCAGAAGCGGUGGGAAGAAAGGAAAUCGUGGAAACAAAACGGCCAAGGUCCCAAAUACUUCUGGAAGAACAAAAAGCACAAGGUGUAAUUCAAAGAAUCUGAUGACAUUCUUAUUGUGGAUAAUUUUAGCGACUCUAAGCGAGCUACGAUUUGUGUUUGCUGUACAGCUAUGGAUCGCUGGCGAUAAAGUCGUUUGCUGCCAUGCCCUAAAUGAAGUUGAACAUUGAGCUACGGACUUGAAUCGAAACAUUGGGAGCCGCAGUUUGAUAUAUAUGCACUCGGAAAUGUGGCAAGCUUUUGCAUGUUUUAGUGCUGAGAAGAGUUCUCAAAUUAUUCCUACUACUCUUGUUCAAUCAUUCGCAGAAGUGGUGAAAAUAUGUGGUAGUUUAACUGUUAGCUGCCCCUAGUUUCGUUUAAUGAUGAACGGUACGGACGAAUGUUCACUGUUUAACUUUUUAUUUGCUGUGAAGCAAAUUUUAAACAGCAGACUUAAUGAUCCCCCUCCAGGUUAAGUGAUCGAUUCUGGAGUUGAUUUGUUUGAUGAAAAAGGUACUUUUUCGUAUUCUUUUUCGAUGUGGUGGGUUUCUGAACUAUAGAUUACAGCAUGUCAGUGGUGAUAAGUGAUUCGAGAGUAUAUGGUUGAUGGGUGUAAUUUCUGUUCCGUUUUUCUUGAAAUUUGAAAUAACUAGAUGAAAAUGUAUAUUAAAAUAUAAGGAGUGGGAUAUGUUAUGUAUUUUUGUAAUUUAUUAAAACAGUUUGUUUCUUAAA